CAUCCAGAUUCGUGACGUCAUUUAAUGACAGAAAAUGGCGACAAACAAGGGGAACUGGAACGCUUUGCCCAGUGUUAUCGUUGUAGAAAUCCUUUCCUUAUUGCCAAAGAGAGACCGCGUCCACGCAGCUACAACAUGAAGAGCUGGAGAGCUUGUCUUUUUCACCCUGGGCUGUGGAACCGUCUAGAUUUGAAGCUAAAUACGCCACAACAGAUGGCCAGGGCGCAGUUUCUCGCUACAAAAUGCGCGGGUUUCGCACGAGAGCUGUCGCUGGAAUGGCCGCACGACGCCGACAAGGUGGACGAGACGUGCCGCAACAUCAUCAUGAGAAAAGCGCUGGCCGUGCUCAAGAUGGCCAAGAACAACAGGAACCUGGAGAAGUUCUGUCUGAAGUGCUGCGGGUGUGAUCUUCUGGGCGACUCGCAAGAGGACGAAGACAUCAUAACAGAGCUGCAAUACGUGAUCUCCUUGAUUCUGAGUGGUGCCAAGAACCUGAAGUACCUGUCCUUCGGCUACUGCGUGGAGAUUUUCGACUCCUCCACCAUCCAGGCUGUGGCCAAGUCGUGCGGUCAGUCCCUCCACACGCUGCAUGCUGCUACCCUGUACCCCGAGGAGCAGGCUCAGAGCCUUUUCACACACCCCACCUUGCAGUCUCUCCGACAACUGCAGGUGCUGAGUCUGGACUUUGAAGAGCUGAGUAACGAGAUCCUCUCGGUCAUGUGCAACAACGGGAACCGGGCGCCCCUCCAGAACUUGAUCCUCCUGCAAGACGGCGAGCCCGUCAACCUCCCGAACAUCCGGGACCGUGUCUGGCACCUGUUCGCCGCCAGUAACCCGGACGCGGAGGUGACGCUGACCCUGCUGCGCGUGCCGUCGGGGCUCGGCGACUACCUGAGCCCCAGCAUGCCGCUGGGGACACUGCGGGCGCUGUACUGCGGGGAGGUGGACAGGACCAGUCUGGACUUUGUGUCCCGCCAUCACUGCAAGACCCUGAGGAGUCUGACCCUCUGUGAGUGGAUGGACUGCGGGGCGACGUACUCCCUCAUCCCGGACAACGCCAUGGGGGAGGACCCGCUGGUCAUGCUGGCCUGGAGAUGCACCAACCUGACCAACCUGUCAAUCAUAGGGUAUGAAUUUUCCAAGGACAGCCUGGUUGCUGUAGCGCGCCUGCGGGGAAGCCAACUCCGGUCUCUGGAAGUCUCCGUCUCCUGCAUCGUGGAAACUGACGACGAUGAUGAUGAAGAGGAGGAAGACGAAGAUGAAGUCAUUCUUGACGACGGAGCCAUGUCUAUGGACACUCUCCGGCAACAGGUAUCAGAGAGCCUUGGUUGGAGCUGGGCCCCUGCCAUGUACACACCUGACAUCAGCACCAUCCUGCUAGAGGACCUGCAGGUCCAGGGCAACUAGUCAACACCUCUCACGUACUACAAGCCAAAGCCGGUUUCAAACAACUACAACAGAAGAAGAAGACCCCAGGCAAGGCUUGUUGCAGGCACACACCAUGUAAAGCCUGAGACAGUGUUUUAGUCAGGCCUAGCAAAAAAAAAAAAAUGUUGUGUUUCCUGUUUCCCGACCGACCCUAGAAAAAAAUACUGCCAACUCUAGCCUUUUUUUGUAUGUGGACCCCUGCAGGGGACAUACUUUUUCGGGCUGAUGAACCUUUUCUAGCUCCAUGUUCUUACACCUGUGUGAUGAUUGUACAAUCAGUUUUCCAACAUUGAUAUUGAAAAAUAUUAUGUCAUGCA